GCAAUGUUUUUCUAAGCAAUUUAUGCAGAAAUUUUCGGACUUCAAGAUCAGGAUGCCAUUUUGGCUUUCAGUUCUCGGGUCGAUUGACGUCAUGAACUUAUAUGCAUAAUUCAAUAUAAGACAUCAAACUAAGCUAGCUGAAGAUUGGUUCCCCAGGAAAAACUUGGGGGAAAAAACAAAGAAAAUUUCCAAUACGUUAGUGAAUGCAUGGUUCCUACCUUCACUGUGAACUUGCUAGUCCAAGCUCGAGCUCAGUCAGGUGCGCUAGAGGGCAUCCUCCCAAUUUACAAAAAAAAAUCGCGUGCGCCCGAGCGGCGAUCCGCUGACGAUUACUGACGUCUUGGGCCAAGAUUAGCCCCAUAACAGCUGGACAGACAGCGAUAUCCAUACGUGUCGUAGGCCCAUUUUUGUUGUCAUUUUGAUACUGGAUCGUACAUGUAUGCUAAGUAAAAGCCAUACGAAUCACUGUGCGUAUUUCGUAGUCAAAGGCUUUUCCUGCGAUCAAUUGGCUUGUUUGAGGGGAAAUUUACGCCAGGACUGAGACCGUUGCCUCACCAUGACGCAGAGACGACUCUGGUCCACAGCGGUUGCUGUGAUUGGCUGCCUUCUUGCCUGCGAUCUUUCCGCAGCCGCAGCGGACCCAAAAACCAAGGCUAACCUGACCGUGUCCACCCAAACCCUCACCAUCGAGAACGGCAAAUCAGAUUCGUUUGACGUGCAAUCCCUCAUUGUGCUGGACGAGCCAGCAACAUUGAUGUUUUUCAGCACGGAUGAUACCAUCGCAGCACCUGAAGAAUCCGUUGAAAUUCCAGCUAACAGCACUGGUGCCAAGGUCAGAGUACCUGUUUUUACCAACAUGAGCUCCAUUGUCGGCUCAGUGACCAUCAUGAUGAACUCCACCAAUGAGCAACUUGGAAACUUGUCCUCGUUGUUUGUCAGUGUCCAAGUUGUCCAUAGCUUGCCGCUCAACGUCGUGAUCAUCAUCGUUGGCUGGAUCUACUUUGCGGCAUGGACCAUCUCCUUUUACCCGCAAGUGGUGCUGAAUUUUCAACGCAAGAGCGUUGUCGGGCUCAAUUUUGACUUCCUUGCUUACAACAUUGUCGGCUUUUCUGCCUAUGGGCUCUUCAAUGUUGGCAUGUUCUGGAUUGAUCACGUAAAGGAUGAGUACCAGGCCAAGAAUCCUUAUGGUGUCAACCCAGUCUUGCUCAAUGACGUCUUAUUCACCUUGCAUGCCAUGGCCAUCACGGCUGUCACCAUCUUCCAGUGUGUCAUAUAUGACAGGGGUGGCCAGAAGGUAUCCAAGGUCUGCAUGGCCCUGUUAACUGCGGCUGGGUUGUUUUCGGUAAUCACGUUGAUCAUCACAGCCGCUUCUAACGAACGAAUCAUCAACUGGCUUACCUAUCUCUACUAUUUCUCCUACAUCAAGUUAGGCGUGUCCAUCAUCAAGUAUGUGCCACAGGCCUGGAUGAAUUUCAGAAGGAAGAGCACUGUGGGUUGGAGUAUUGGUAAUGUCCUGCUAGACUUCACUGGAGGCUCCUUCAGUUUGGUGCAAAUGUUCCUUCUUUCCUUCAAUAACGACGACUGGAGGUCCAUCUUCGGUGACCCCACCAAGUUUGGCCUGGGUCUCUUCUCCAUCCUGUUCGACAUGCUGUUCAUGGUGCAGCACUACAUCCUGUAUCGUGGCAGAGCCCCCAUUCAGGGUGACGGCGACGUGGAUAAGGACAUUAGCACAGAGAAAGAGAGGCUGAUGAAGGAUUCCACUAGUAAGGAAAGCAUUAACUUCCAGCAAUGAAUGAGUCGGUUUGUACUCACGUGACCCGCUCUGUGAAAGUGAGUCACAAGUCGCUAGAGCCACUUUUGAGUAAAACAGGCUUUUAAAAGAACCUUGCGUCAUGGAAAUUGGUGGGAACUCUCAACAUUGUUACCCACGCAGUGAUGCAAAAAUGAGUGAUGCACCAAAACAAAGAGCCUUGUUUGCUCUUUCUGAAGCAAAAUCCCCUCCAAACAAAUGGUCUGACGACUCAAUUUUACUGCGCUUAUGUGUACCCUAUGCGCUUAUGAUUAUGACGCAUGAUUUAUUCAAAGAAACGUGAUUCACUAUAACUAGUAAUCUGAGACCAAGGGUUGAUGGGAAGGAGGGUAAACUGUGGUGGCCCUUGAGGGUCAUCAAACAUCGCAUAUAUCUUUGCAAAUAUUUGCAAAAAAUCUGUGAUGUCGCAAAUAUUUGCAAAGAUAUUUGCAAUGUUUGAUGUCCAUCCAGGGCCACCAUAGUAAACAGAAGUUACGGCUUUGCCCAAAGUCAUGGCUGUGGCUAUUAUUAAUGCAUGCGCCUGUGGACUUUUCUGGUUCAGUGGCUUAAUCCAUCUCUCACGCAUGCGUAUUAAUGUCGGCUAUAGCCAGGACUUUAGACACAAGUAUUUUUUUCAGGAAAUUCUUUUUCUUUGGUUGCAGUGCUGGGUUUUUUUUUUUAAAUUUUUUUUAGGGGGGCGCAUUUUCAGAUAUCAUGAGUGAGUCUCAAAGCUUUUCGUCUUUUGAUACAAUUUAAAUAUCGCUGGAUUAAUAAGCUGUCCUGUUAAUAGAUUUCAAGAUAUUUAAAGGAUAGGACAAUUUUUUUUUUUAAUCAUGAAGGCUUUCCUGAAUGAACAGGUAUAUUUCAAAGCAGUUUAACAGGAAGUUGUAAUUUUUGAUAAUGCUUGAAAUUGAGAAAAUUUCAACUAGAUAUUUAAAAUUGCAAACAUAUUAAGCAAUUUGCAAACAUAUUAAGCAAUGUUGAAUUCCAUUUUAUAAAUUAUGGCUUUCAACGUGCAAGAGCAAAUGGGAUCUUCUUACUCAAAAAUUCUCAGCCGUACGUAUUUGGACUCGUUCCAACAUCUUUUAUCUCUCGAGUGCGCUGAAAUAAGGAGGUACGUCAGGAACAGAUCAAUCUGUUUAAUCCAGCCUCAUGGUGGUCUGACCAGUCACAGCUGCAAUGUGUGGCCAUCGUGUGUGCACAGAAAUGUGGCAUUGGUGCACGCUCGUUUGGCGCUCGUGGCUGGAACAUGCAUCGUGGCAUCGAAGAGGAGCAUGCGUUAAUUGCCAACAUGCUAAGCAGGCAGGGCUUGAAGAUGUCCAGGGUCCAAUCAGGGAAAAGCUCUGCUCAGUUUUGAGGGGUUUUUGAAUCGCAAAUUUGCUCUUUGAAAACCGUUCUGAGAACAGGUUGCGCACUGGCUAAUUAUAUAUUUCAAAAUGUCGGCUAUAAUUCUGCACUGCUGACGGAAAAUUGUGUUAAUCACUGCCUGAAAGGGAAAUGGCUGCACAAAUUUUCAUUUACCUGAAAAAGUGGUCCAUUAUUUCAAAUUUGCCAUAUGGAACCCUGCUCAACCCUCCCCCCAAAUAGCAAAAAAGCAUGAUUGUGUUCCAUACGACCUACAUUCAGUAUCAAUAAAUAUUGACUUGACAUUGGCAGCAGAGAGAGAAGUCUGUGCUGUGAGCUGGAUAGAAAAAGCUGUACUUUCAGCCUGUAUGGCGGGCCCCUGUAAGUGUAAGAGUGACUAAAACUUGUGUGGUCAACUCUGUAAAUCCCACCCUCUUGUGAGAGACUGAAACCAGGAAACUGGAUCCAAUUACGACAUGUAUUUGAAAUCAUUUGUUCUUGCCACUUGUACCAUUGGCUGCUUGUAGCAGUAAGAGGCUUCAUAAGUAUCCUUAAAUAUUCUCUUUUGUUUGACAAACUACGGCCUUGAGAAUGCCAUAACAGGCCCUCCAUUCAUAGCAGGCUGUGCCAAUAUCUUAGAGCAGGUCUGUUGUUGGUACCGGUGAAUCAUUUUAUGUCUUGUCUUACUUGUAUCAUCAUUGGCUUGAAUUUUUUUUCCCCAUUACAUGUAUGUUCAUGCACUCCUGUUUGCUGAGGUUAAUAGAUUUAUUACUUCACACUGAAGUGAAUACAACUCAAUCAAUUUACCAAUGAGAUAGAAGCCAAAUGUAGCAGUAGUCACUGAUAGUUAAUUUGAAAUGUUAGCUGUAAAAAUGGUCACAAACAUGUAUCAGAAGUGACCGGUCAUAUAUAUAUAUUUGAAGUGAAUGUACAUUUAUUUUACAUUUAUAUGAAUUUCUAACAGAAAUUUUGGGUACCUAUUUGGAUACUUAUGUAAUGAAACGUUUGUAUGGGUUGAUGGAACUGUGAAAAAAAUCUUCAGUUUUUGUAUCAGUAUUAAAUGCCUCAAUAUUGGGUAUCUUA